AUGAGUUCCUUCGGGGGACAGAUGGCCGAGUAUCCCACCAUCUCCAUAGACCGCUUCGACAGGGAGAACCUGGGGGCGCGUGCUUACUUCCUGUCCCACUGUCACAAGGAUCACAUGAAAGGAUUAAGGGCCCCUACCUUGAAAAGAAGAUUGGAGUGCAGCUUGAAGGUCUACUUAUACUGCUCCCCCGUGACUAAGGAGUUGUUGUUAACUAACCCGAAAUACAGAUUUUGGGAGAAACGAAUUAUAGCACUUGAAGUUGAAACUCCUACCCAGGUACCUUUAAUCGAUGAAGCAUCGGGCGAGAAGGAAGAGAUUGUUGUGACUCUGUUACCAGCUGGUCAUUGUCCAGGAUCAGUUAUGUUUUUAUUUCAGGGCAAUAAUGGCACUGUCCUCUACACUGGAGACUUCAGACUGGCGAAAGGAGAAGCUGCGAGAAUGGAGCUUCUGCACUCUGGGGGCAGAGUAAAAGAUAUCCAGAGCGUAUAUAUAGAUACUACUUUCUUUGACCCCAAAUAUUAUCAAAUUCCAAGUCGGGAGGAGUGUUUAAAUGGGAUCCUGGAGCUGGUUCGAAGCUGGAUCACUCGAAGUCCUUACCAUGUGGUGUGGCUCAACUGCAAAGCAGCGUAUGGCUAUGAAUAUUUAUUCACCAACCUUAGUGAGCAGUUUGGGGUCCAGGUUCAUGUGGACAAACUGGACAUGUUUAGAAACAUGCCAGACAUCCUCCAUCAUCUCACAACAGAUCGCAACACUCAGAUCCAUGCCUGUCGCCAUCCCAAGGCAGAGGAAUAUUUUCAGUGGAGCAAACUACCCUGUGGAAAUACUUCCCCAAACAGAAUCCCACUCCACAUCAUCAGCAUUAAGCCAUCCACUAUGUGGUUUGGAGAACGAACCAGGAAAACAAGUGUGAUUAUUAAAGACUUCCUGAGCCACAUCUGCCCAGUGAAUGCGUAUCCAAAUGUCAUCCCCAUUGGCACAACUGUGGACAAAGUUGUAGAAAUCUUGAAGCCUUUAUGCCGAUCUUCCCAAAGCACCGAGCUGAAGUAUAAACCACUGGGAAGAUUGAAGAGGGCGAGAACAUCCUACCCAGACUCCGAGGAGGAAGCUGGUGAUCUCUUUGAUGACCCUCCACUAGUACCGGUGAGGCACAAGGUUCCAACCCAGCAGACUCUUCAGCCUGAGGUCUUCUCAGUGACGGUGGUAUCACAGAACCAGCCCGGAAAACCAAGACAAACAACAGGAGCCUACAAAGAAGGGAGUGCACAAACCUCUCCGAUGACCAACUUUGUAGACUGUCCAGAAUCCAACAGUGAAAGCGAGGAAGAACUGGACAGUGUGGCUUCACCGCAGGGGACUGUGGACCCUGUAACACCCCACCUGCAAAAGUCUGAAAUGGAUGCGCCACAAUGGGACGUAUUCUUUAAAAGAAAUGAUGACAUUGCAGAUGAUGGUUCAGAAAACUUCCCAUCUUCUGCAGAGGCCGGGGCUUCUCAGUCACCAAGGCUUUUCAGCGACUCUGAUGGGGAAUCAACCCACAUCUCUUCCCAGACUUCUUCUCAGUCAACACACAUAUCAGAACAAGGAAGCCAAGGCUGGGACAGCCAAUCAGACACAGUUUUGUUACUGUCCCAAGAGAGAAACUGUAGUGAUUUUACUUCCUUACACAAAGGUGGCUACAGACCGAGAAUCAAAGAGAAUGUUCCGGCAUCCCAGAUAGAACAAAAUUACCAAAAGGAUGCUUGCUCUGAUUUGAAAAGCAGAGCUCAUGAUGCAAAUAUAGUUCCUGAUGUUGGCGAACCAACUGCUGUAAGUAGUGAGAAACAUAGCACUAAGGCAGACUCUCAGAGCUCCUCUGAUUUUGAAAUCCCCUCAACUCCAGAGGCUGAGCUCCCUCAACAAGAGCACUUACAGUAUUUCUAUGAGAAACUGGCAACAGGUGAGAAUAUCCUAGUUGGACGUAACAAGAAAGCUCACUCUUAGGUAUUUAGGAAUUACAGUCAUUUCAUUUCUAGAGGCGCCACCAAAAACACCUAGCCAGAGAGACACUAGUCAAAACCACACCAGAUAAAUUCAGAGAACAGUGAAAGGUGCCUAGGCAACUCAGGAAAACCAGGACAGGGAGACACAGAGGAACAAAAGUGGGAUGAAACAAAAUGACAGAACUAAAUCCCAACUUCCCCAUCAACAGCUGCAUUAGAUGAAAAUGGUCUAAGUGGACAAA